AUGCCGCACCCUACAGGUCUCCUUUUCUGUCUUGCCGCAUUUCUAGUAGCAUGCUCCGUUGGCCCAUCCACGGCAGCUAUUGCUACCUCAGGAGCAAACCGAAAGACUGCGGCUCCUGCUUUUGGCGCCAAGCAUCUUCCCGUUCGACGCUUUUUCAACCCGACCGGGUCCUCCGGCGGCAAAAAACGUACGACGACCAUUGGCUCGUCGUAUCUGCGCUUCAGCGCUAGUGCUGCCAGCGGCCAUAGGCACCUGCUCGACACGAACGCAGCUGUCGACGGCACCAGAAGCCACAUCUCAACCGACAUGCAAACGCCCUCCACCACCAGCAUCCGAAGCAAUGGCGGCAUCAGUAGCCCUAAAAGCGGAACCCUGUCUGGCGCGGUUGCCAAGAGAGGCGGUGCUGACUCCGCUGUCGUGGAAGACUUCGCCACACGGGGAAUGAGAAGUGGCUCAGAGCUCCUGGACAGCACCGGCAGAAGCAGCGGGGAGGAGGCGGAGGGCGAGAUGGAGGAGGUGGGGGCCUACGAGUUGGAGCCGGUGGCGGAUGAUGAGUCGGAGGUGGCAGCGGCGGCGGCGAAGGCGGCAAGUGAGAGCGAGGGGACCGCGGCAGCUGCGGGGCAGGAAGUGGAAGACGAGGUACCGGCCGAGGUGACGACGUCAGAGGAGGAGGAGGUGACGUCAGAGGAAGACAACGUGCCGGCAGGAGCGGAGGAGGACGAGGACGAGGACGAGGACGCGGAAGAUGAGGGAAUGGUGGAGGAUGAGGAUACUGCAGAGACGGCGGAGGAACCUUCUGAGGACGAGCGGAUGGCUCAGGAAGCGCAGGAAGAGCCGCGGGCUGUGCGCAUUCCCUCAGAUUCGGUUGCAGAUAUUCGCAACACUCGGGAAGAGGUUCUCGACGUACAAGAGUACGGCGGGGAGGAGCCGGAGCGCGCAGAUUCCCUCGACCCGGAGGACCUCGCUCGAGAGCUGGCAGGUAGCAUUUACGAACGGACAGUUGGCGCCGCCGCUAGUGGCGGCGAGGAGCCGGAGGAGGAGCAGGAAGAGGUGGUGACAGACGGCUCUGGAAACCCCAGUAGUUCGCCCUCCAAUCUCAGACCGGGUUCUGAUAAUGCCAGCAGCAGUGGCAGCGGCAGCAGUGGCCAGCAGGAUCGGCCGCGCCGCCAUGGUGCCGGCGUCGGAAAGGAUCCUUGCGCGGUCGCCGCUGACACCGGCGGCGAGGCCAAGACCGCCGACGCCGCAGUCGCUGUUGCCGAGUACUCACCUUUGUUUGGAUCCCCCGUGUGCGACGGACGAGGCAAGAAGAAAUGCGUCGCCGCAGGACUCGACGGCAAGGGUCGCGGUAGUGAGCUCUUUGCCCCCAACACCCUGUACGGCGAGUGCCCGGACGGCCAACCCGGCAGCCGCGGCUACGUGCUACAGGUGGCAGUCGAGUCUAUGACGCCCGGAAAAGUGCUCCGCAGCGGCGAGUUGGCCGCAAUUCGCGCUGCGGUGGUGUGCUCGAGCGGCCCCAACACCUCGUUUGUCGACUUCUUUUACACCAGCGACGCGAGCAUGACACCCAAGCGCUCCUGGACUCUGCUGUCCACGGUCGCCUGCGUCCCCUCUAACGACACCUCGGACCGCCCGGCCGUCACAAAUUACACCUCCGAAACCUUUCUAAUACCAGAAGGUGUUCUCGACACCACCUUCGUAGCCAGGGUGCAGCUCCGGGAGGAGCCAGCCGGGACCAGCCAGGCCGCCGCGCGCCGCCAGGCACUGCCCUGCCGAGACCCUGUAAACGGCAGCGGCGACCGCGAUGACCUCGUCGUACGGGUGUGCCCUGCACCGGCGGGGGUUGACACUAAGGCGGCGGAGGCCGGGUGGUCGGACGUCCGCGGCGGCCAUGAUAACGGGGACGACCACCACAGUGGCGAUACCGACUACCAGGGGGUGGAGCUUCGCGCGGCGGUGGUGGUGCCGCCACGUCAUCCCAUGUGGGGUCUGUUUGCGGCGCGUAGGAAUCGAGGAGUAGGGCUUGGCUGA